CUCACCAAAUGCCUCAGAAUACACCACGCCGUCGUCAUGUUUUUUAUCGUGAUGUUCCUCUGUUUGGUGCAAUUCAUUUCUUCCUUGGAUGAGGAAUGUCCCCCAGGUGUAACAACUCGAAUAGCUGGCUGUAACCAGCUCUGGGGUUACAAUGAAGACGUCAUCUAUCGUGAACAACGUGUCUAUGAACGAACAUUGUUUAAUAUUUCACAGCUUCUCACAUUCUGUCGCACCUCUCAUCGAGCUGAUAUCGGAGAGUGCCAGCGGGAAGCUGUGGUUGGCUGUGAUCCCGGCUUUGGUGCACAAGGGGCGGUGAUAUGGGAUAAAAUGACCCACCUACUGGGCGACGGUGUAAAUUACCUCUGUAGCCAACAAAGUGUGCUAGAAAGAGAUGUGUCUUGCCUGGACAGAAUAUCAAGUCUAACUAUUCGCUGCGCUCAAGUGGCUUGGGGAUCGUUUGUAGAAGAAUUGAGAAAACUGGAUUCAUCCUCGCCCGUGAUCACGGCUAUGAAACAGCUGAUGGAAAAGCUGGGACGGGAUGGGGAGCAGUGUAUAGCUAAAGUGAUCAAAGAGCGAUGUAAUUCUGAACUGGCCGAUGUCUUUGGGAACUUUCUUUAUGGUUCAGCAGUUUACCCGUUCGAUGAGGAAAACCAAAAUGGGCGCUGAAAUCCUCUGUUAUGCCCGAUCCGCAUCUUCCCAUCGGUGCUGGGAGCAUUUGACAACAUCGGGUAAAAUUAAAACAUGAUUGAUUAGUUCUGAAUGAAAUAAUACACUAACUAUGCGUACGUGUUUUGUCUGUAACGUUUUAUUUAUGCUAUUGUCUAAGGAAGUUACAUGCAUGUGUGAAGUUGUCAUGUUUGUAUGAUAUUAGUGGUAAUUUCGUCGUAGGCCAACGUCACAGAUAAGUAACAUAGACUUGCUUAAUUGUAAAUCUCCCGAUUCCCAGGAAAAGGGUUCCAGAUAUGCCAGAGGCCCCAGCAGCCAGUCAAACAAUCAUUUCAAGAAUCGCUGACUGAUGCUUUGGUGUUUCUGUAUGAGAACGAUGUGUUUCGGCACAGAACAUUCUUUUAGUGGGGUGAAACUCCAACCAUGCCUUGUCCAUAGUUGACAACGACUGUGGUGUAAACGUCAGGUAGCAUCUUUCUAGGCUCGUUUAACCAGAGACUGGUAUUCGCACAUUUCCCUUAUCUUGCCUUCGCUGAGGGUCCAAUUGUGCCAAUGUUGAGGUAAAAUCUCCUGUUAGAAGACUCGAUUUCAUGAGCAGCGCCCUGCAUGUAGAAUGUAAGUGGCUGACCAAAUAACGUAUAACACACAUAGCAUGUUCAAUCAUUCAACCAAACGAUCUCAGUGUGGGAAUAUUUUUGGCGUAUCGAAUUUAGGGAUUUUCACAAACAAUUAAAGCACUUCCCUGUUAUACUUAUCAACGCUCUGCCAAAAAUAUGCUCUUCACUGUUGUUGUCCUCGAUGUCUCUGAACCCGAUAAUAUGUUUCUAUAACAAACUGUAGUUCGUGGUAAGGUAGCUGGAUCAGGAUAUCCAGGAUCCACGAGUAUGAUAAAGCAGAGCUGUGUUGUAGCUAUUUAUACAUAUGCGUCCCUCAUAUCGAACAUUUUCUUGUUCUUAAAAGUCCGCCGAACAUGGGGUGUAUACCGUAUACAGUUGAUUAAUUGUUGUUUAUAUACACCAGCAUAAAUUCGCAUCUUGCACAUAACUUUUAAUCGAUUUUUAUACACUUGUAAACCUGUACAUUGUAAUGUUUUAUGAUACCUGAUUAUUUUGCUGGCCAAAACCCUAUACGGUUUACGUUGCUCAAUAUAUACUAGACGCACCGCUGUUUUUUUUAUGUCAUUUGAAAGGCACAUGUAGGCACUUAGUAUAUGUAAUUUUAGCAAACGUUAUUUCAGCGAAAUAUUGUCAAACAAAUAUACAAACAACAUUGCAUGUUAUCUGACAAUCGUAAAGGAAUUUUCCAACUUCAGUACGGUACUACAUAGUCAUACCUGAUAAACUUACUUUAAUCUAUAGAUUACAUCCUACUCCAAAACAUUUUACUUAUGUUGUAUAGGGUUUACUAUCACUACGCAUUUGUUUAAGUAAUGAAAACGGGAUCAGGUAGCCUGACUUCACGUACACACGAUUUUUGUCUGGUGUAUAGCAAAUGUUUAUUAAUAAUGGAUAAACCUUUCCGGCUCUUGUCUAUAUAUUAUUUUUAUUAUACUUGGCAUGGAGAUGAAUAACUGAGCAAGCACGAGGCCUUUUUUCGGAUUAUCUCCAUAAAACAGUGGUAUUUUAUUGAUUUUGUAUUAUUCUUUUUUUUUAUUUCUCAAUGACUGUGAGACAGGGUUAGUCACUUUACUGCGAUCUUUUAUAGUUAAAUUUGCUUUACGGAUAUAGAGUUCUUGUAAACUUAUGAUCAGAUGAACAAAUAUAAAAUGACGGGGCGCAGUGGAAGCGAGAGUUCAAAAAUGUGAGUGAUAUUAUAUAUAAAAACCUUUACAGUUCACAUACAGGCAUUCAUAAAGUUGUAAAUAUCGUAUAACACUUCCUACCAUUCUUGGAAUGAGUUUGUUAAUUCAGUUUAUAAGAUGACCAACGAGUGCACUGUGAGCGGACAGACUUGGAACCGAAGCCUACAACUCAGGCUAGGUUUCAUGCACUAAUGAAAUACAGCCUAGCAUAAAUGCCGUGUCAUACACCAACAGAUUUAUAGUAUGGAUGUAAAGUUAGCAAGUCAAAUGCUGUCUGACUCUGUGUUUCAAACCUAUGUACAUAUUUGUCUAAUAAAAAACGAUUUGUCGGGCUGCGAUAUAGGCCUGUGUCCAGCCGUUUGCAAAUAAACAUUCAAAACACUACAAACA